AUGUAUCUGGAGCAAGAGAUCAGUCUUUCUCUCUGUCCUCCUCUGAAAGGGCCUUUACCUACAGCUACACCAAUCCCACCAGCCCCACAGCCUAGAGAGCUGCUCUCCAUUGAGGAAGAGAGUGAGAGACUGGCCAGAGAACUCAGAGAGGUAAGAGGAGGAAAAAUUUCUGUGAUGCAGAGACCAGCUGUGGUGAAUGACAGCUUCAAGCCCAUCAUCAUUAACACAGUGGUGGUCCGAGACAAAGAGUUCCUGCAUAAACUGGGCAAAGUGCUGAAACUUAAGUGGCUACUUGGCAAAGAAGUCCAGGUGUCACAGGUCCCACUCGGCUGCUCCGAACCCAGGUCUCUGGCACUCAGAAAUGAUAACCGCGCAGUCUCAGUCAUCAGUAGGCGGCAGGGUUGCUCCUUCGAGGGAGGAAAGAGGAAAGAGGAAGCAGGCGUUGUUUCAGUUUCAUAUCAGUUGAUACCGUUGUGUCACUCUUUCGAAUGGGACGAGCAGUCUAGUCCACUCCAAAAUGCGCGGUCCAUUUUCACAAGUUUGUCCGAGGAAGCCCACAGUUGCCUGGUCUCUACAAUCGGUGAAAAGAGAGUAGACCUGUCUCUCAAGUUUCUACAAAGUGGUGUAAAAUGGCUGUCAGAUGCCGUAGCAUCCGCCCUUAACAUGGUCAUCCGGUCAUGGUCAAAUGUUACGGAAAUCUUGGAAUCAACAGGAAUUGAUGUCAAGCUACCUUUCCAAGAAGUUACUCCGGAGGGAGUGAUUUUUGUCGCUCAGUGGGCCCUUCUGGUUGUUGUGGCCUACUGGAUAAUAGCCUUCAUCCUGCGUUUGGUUGUUGGAGCUGUAAGGCAGGCUCUGUGGCUGCUAAAGGUCACCUUUGCCAUGGGCAUGUUUGGAUUGAUUCUCAGCGACGCUGGAGCCUCUGCAGAAACAACAGCUAUAAGACUAGCGGGCCUGGCGUGUGUGACUUGAAACUCUGCAAAGAAACCACGUUGUUUGUCUAAACUGGGAGUGUGCUUCAAUAUUCCAAGUGUUAGUUAAAAGAUUAUUAAGUCAAAUUUAUCUUAGGGUCCCAUAGCACAACUGGUAGAUCUGGCAUCUGAGGGGUUUAAUUGUUAACAAAAGGACUGAAUCAAAUGUCCAAACAUCGUUUCUGGGGUCUUGAGGUACAGAGAACAGCAAAAUGUAUUUACACUGCAUUUAAAUAAUCAUGUUUUUGUUUCUUAUUACAUUAUUCAGGGAUGUGAUGCACAGGGCAACAGUACAAAAUGUAUUUAACCAGUAAAUUAUAAUAAAUUUUUUCAACAAAAGCCCUGUCCGAUAAAUGGUCUCCUUGGCAACAGUCCACUGCAUUUUUUCUGUGACUGUAUUUUGGAGCGAAAAACCUGACAUGAAUCCCUGAAGUCAGAAAAACAACUGAAAAAUUUGCCUGAAAAAGUCUGAACCAGAUGUAAAUCCUCUUUUCAAAUUCUAGAAUCUCCACCUUUUUAUUAAUUUUUUUGUUACACCCAAUUCUAUAUCUCCCCUUCAACGGGUGAAUCCAGUAGAAUCUUUUGUGUUAUGGAGAAAUUACUGAAAUCUCACUAGUUGCAAUGUCCGUUUUGAUCAAAUCCUGGAGAUGCUUAAUGCGCAGACCUUAAAAUCAACAUAAAUACUUUUUAUUAUAAUCAUGUUUAUUGUCAUUCUUAUUAUAGUUCAAAGUGUGACAACAAAUUACAUUUCAUUUUCCAAUAAUGCAACAUAUAACAAGAGAAAUUACUUUGCCGGUUGGCACUAGAUGUCAGACAAUAUAAAAAUAUAUAUAUUUAGAACAUGCAAUGAUAAUAUAAAAUACGAACAGUAAACGUAGUCCCGGUGAAGAAAAUGAUAGCAGUUAAAGGGCAGUUAAAAUGACCCAUCAAUAUGCAGGUACAACACAAAUCCUAAUAUAAAAUGUCACUGUAAUAUUUUACACACAUUAUCAAGAUUCAUGUAUAAAUGUUUUGUUUGCAGCAUUUGUUUUAUUCCAGCUAACAGCACUAUGAAAAUGCCCUAGGCAAACGCAGCUACUGGCUUGGAAGUUGAGAAAAUUACAUGCAUUACUAAUAACAUGCAUUAUAUGUGUUUAACUUAAUUAGACAGACAUUUUUUUUCAUAUAUGUGUCUGAUUCCUGGGGUUACAUGAUUAUGUUUAAGCAGGUAAAAAUAAUGUAUAUUUUAGUUUUCUCAGGUUACAGGUUUUUGUUGUUGUUUCCCAACACUACAAGAGAGUGAAGUAAGUACAGGUGCAUCUCAAUAAAUUAGAAUGUCAUGGAAAAGUUAAUUUAUUUCAGUAA